AUGACGAGGCUGCCGUCUGACUCGUUCCUGCCUUCAGGCGCCAUCCUCGACCCCAGCCCACGAUCUUUCAUAUCCCCUCUAUCUCUGCCGCACGCCUUGAACCAGACGUCGUACUUCGAGCGAUCCCAUCACCUGUCGCCAUACCCAAGCCCUCCUGCUGAACCUUACCAACGAUCUAGCGGCUUGUCGCCGACCGAGUACCGGAACCGACCCGCCGCGGCAUCGCCCUCCAUGGCGUGCACUAGCUAUCCUCGCCCUGGCUCGCCGCUCCACAACGCGAGCAACGAGUCGCUUGCAAUGCUGCUUCAACGCAGAGAGGCACACUACCGGGAGCAGGAACGGCGCUGGCAAGGCGAGCGGACCCAUCUAGAACAAGAGCGGGCUCGAGCCGAGGAGAUGUUCAGAGAAGAACGAGACUUGAUGGAUCAGGAGCGGAUGAUGUACAUUGACGAGAAGGAGAAGUCGAACAGGGAAAUCUCGGAAUGGGUCAAAAGGGCGCAAAUUGCCGAGAACGAGAGGGACCAUCUCGCCCGUCUGCUGAAGAACAUGCAAAGUGGUGCUGGCGGCGCCCAGUCCUUCGAUGGUACUACCGAAGCCGCCAUACGAGGCGUGCGGGGUGGCAGUUGCGCAAGUCCAGGACCUGGUCGCGCACCGACCGUCAAGUUUCGAAGCCCGUCAGACGGCCUCUCUCCGGGUUCUAUCGCAGGCUCGACCAUGCCCGAGUCGAAGCCCUUCGUUCCGUUGGACCCACGCAUGCAGGGUCCGUCACCGGGAACUCUAUCGCCAACAAACGAAAAAGAAGUCAAGAUCCCUUCCAUCGACGUUAGUGAAGUCAUAGCCGGCUUGGAAGGUGUGCGGCUCAAGAAGCCAGCUGUUCAGAAACCCACUUUCCUGGACGGACAUAUACAAUCUCCAAUGACGGAAUCGAGGAAGUCGUCGCCACCCGCUCCGCACGACGAGUCACCAGAGGGCCAAUCGAGGACAUCACCAGCUGAGAUGACCAAAGAGGCACUUCAGGCACCAGAAGAAAAUCGGCUCACCAUGCAUGCAGGGCAUACGCCUAAUCAUUCCGUGUCCCUCUCCCUGCUUCCCACCGUUGACUCCACCAACGCUACCAAUACUGCCACUAGUUCCGGCACUCCCACUCCUACACGAAGCACCGGAGAGGGAAGCCACCAGGUUGCAGAAGGGCAGCCUCAACCACAACCGGGGAUCAGUGAUGAUCUUGUACCUGGUGGUUCGGAAAACAUUGGGAUGCGAGACUCCCAACACAACCCCCAGGUCGACGAAGAGCCAAUUCUCGAGCCCAGUGACGAGGGCCCGGCACUCAAAGGUCCUCUUUGCCUGAGGAACCGGCCUGCAGCUGAUGAGCCAUUCCUUAGAAGCCUGACCAACAAGCUGCAGCAGGUCCAAGCCGAGGAAGAACCCCCGUCAGUGCUUAGCAACAGGGGAACAUCAUAUGCAACUCAGGAUACCACCAAGCCCGAGCCAAAUGCGAAAGCUAGCGCCGCCGCUGGCCCUAAGGGAGCGAACGAAAUCCAAGAUGAAGCAGUCGAGGAAGUCGAGGAAGUCAUACAUCUAAAACUUAAGAAGACCAGCAACUUUGGCCUUCCGCUCGGUCGAGCCCACUGA